ACCAAAACACGGGGCUAGCAUGAAACCUCACAUCACUCCAACACCACCGGCAUUAUUAUUACGUGUAGCAUGUUAACUAGCAGGUGAAUAACCGGGACACUAAUGGUAGCUAUCUAACACAACACCAUGAAUUUAAGGGGACUCUUUCAGGACUUCAAUCCCAGUAAGUUCCUGAUCUACUCGUGCCUGCUGCUGUUCUCCGUGUUGCUGUCACUGAGGCUGGAUGGAGUCAUCCAGUGGAGCUACUGGGCCGUGUUCACCCCAAUAUGGCUGUGGAAACUCUUGGUCAUCAUCGGGGCCUCUGUGGGAACUGGAGUCUGGGCACACAACCCCCAGUACAGGGCCGAAGGGGAGACAUGUGUGGAGUUCAAGGCCAUGCUGAUCGCGGUUGGGCUCCACGUCCUGCUGCUGAUGUUCGAGGUGUUGGUGUGCGACCGAGUGGCGAGGGGAAACUACUUCUGGCUCCUCGUCUUCAUGCCUCUCUUCUUCGUGUCGCCCGUCUCUGUAGCAGCGUGCGUCUGGGGCUUCAGACACGACCGCUCCCUCGAGCUGGAGGUGUUGUGCUCAGUAAACAUCCUCCAGUUCAUCUUCAUCGCUCUGAGGCUCGACAGGAUCAUCAACUGGCCCUGGCUGGUGGUGUGUGUCCCACUCUGGAUCCUGAUGUCCUUCCUGUGCCUUGUCGUCCUCUACUACAUCAUCUGGUCGGUCCUCUUCCUCCGCUCCAUCGACAUCAUCGCCGAGCAACGGCGGACUCACAUCACCAUGGCGAUCAGCUGGAUGACCAUCGUGGUGCCCCUCCUCACCUUCGAGAUCCUUCUGGUGCACAAACUCGACGGCCACAACAGUCUGAGCUACGUGUGUGUGUUCGUGCCUCUGUGGCUCUCGCUGCUCACGCUCAUGGCUACAACGUUUGGUCAGAAAGGAGGAAACCACUGGUGGUUCGGCAUCCGUAAGGACUUCUGCCACUUCCUUUUGGAGCUCCUCCCCUUCCUGCGCGAGUACGGCAACGUCUCCUACGACCUCCAACGCAGCGACGACCCCGAGGCUGCCGAGGACCUACCCGUCCCCGAGCCGCCCCCGAAAAUCGCCCCCAUGUUCCACAAGAAGACGGGCGUGGUGAUCACGCAGAGCCCCGGGAAAUACUUCGUCCCGCCGCCAAAACUCUGCAUCGACAUGCCCGACUAACCGCCGCCGACACACGCUGCUGCUGUUCCUGAGUCAGGAAGCCAAAAAAAAAAGAAAAACAGCAGAGGACGUUUUGAGGGUUUUAUUGUUUUUAAAACCUGCUGUCCUGUGAAGGAUUUUGGGGGGUCGCCUCAUCUGGACUCUGCAUCAGCCAGAGGUGACAAAUUAGAGCCAAUGUGAUGACAGAUGACCUCCUCCUCCUCCUCCUCUUCCUCCCCCCUUCCCUAAAUCUAUCAAACUUUAGCAGACUUUGUUGUGUCACCUGCCUACUCCAAAUUUUAUCCCUUUUUUUGGGGGGAGGGGGGGGGUUAAAAAAAAAACUGACCACAAAUCGUCUCAUGAUAAACAUUUGAGUCGACACGACUGACAAGAGCUGGAUCUUGCUCUGGACUUUUAAAAUAUCUUGACUCUGUAAGACAGCAGGUAGAUCUCUGCUUUAGGUUCAAACGAGCGUCCAUCAGAAAAAAAAGAAAAAAAAGAGUGACGCCCGUCCUUUUUCUUCGUGUUGGGGGACCAUCGGAGAAACCUCUCUAGCUUGAAUUCAGGAUCGGUGUAACCCUGUUGCUCCUGUUCUCACUCUGGACCACGCAGGUGGAGAAAGACGAGGGUGUGUGUGCGUGUACGCGCACGGUUUAAAGGAAAAGUUUGGAUUUUUCCUCGUCUUUGUACAACACUCAUUUAAGCCUAUGUGUACUUUAAGCUACUGGUCUCUGUUUUCCUUCCUCUUCUAUAUAUCGGCCGUGAAGCGAUGACACUUCCCCCCCCUCUGUCCUCCCUUUCUUUCACCUCCUCUUAUAUUGGAGCUGGUUUAAAGGAGGAAUCAUCAAAAAAAAGGCCUUGAGGAACAAUUACAGCCACCAGUAACAGCUGUAAAUGUACAAUCGGCAUCGGAGUAUUGUUUUUUUUUAAACACUUGAAAAAAUCUUCACCUGUCCUUUAAAAAAAACAGAAUAAUGGAAAUGGCACUUUGUUAACUUCUUCCAAGAGUAGUCCUGUCUUUUUUUUCUUUUUUUUUGUAUUACUGAUCAUUAUUAUUAUUAUUAUUAUUAUUUUGUAAAUAACAGAAGUUAGGGACCAGAGUGGAGAUGGCAGGAUUUAAAAAAAAAAAAAGGUAAGAGGCAGACCUGGAAAAAAACAAGCAGUUAAAACAACAAACAAAAAAAAGUAAUUGCAAUCAUUCUGUCCCGUUUUAAGGGUUAGGAUUAGUGCAAGUGAUCUACAAUCAUUAUAUAACAUCAAUACAUCAUUAAACAAAGUUUGUAAAACACAAUAGAGUCCUUUUUUAAUUGGCUUUUUUUUUCUUUCCUCCUUUUCUUUUUAUCUGAACUUCCU